GUAUGGACCUACAGAAUAAAUAUCAGGUGCAAUUUUUACCAAAAACUUCACUGCGUAAAAAUGGAAGCAGCUAAAAAUGACAAUUUUUUUUUCUUUUCAAUUUUACCCCACAAAUCAUUUUUUUCUGGUUUUGCCGUAGAUCUUAUAGUGAAAUUAUUGAUGGUAUUUAUAAACUAAAAUUGUUGGCGCAAAGAACAAGCCAGGAAUGGAUUUUUAUUUUUUAGGUGAAAAAUUGAAGGGGUUAUAAUUUUUAGAAGGUGAGGAGGAAAAAACAAAAGUGCAAAUAGGAAAAAUCGCGGGGAAGGUGUUAAUAAAGCCAGCACUCGCAUUUUGUGGGAUUAGAGUUGUGGGCGUCUAUUGAUUAGUGGAACAAAGCCCACCGAUCAGUGACUUCUCUAGAACACGGCUGCUUUGCAGUAGCUACAAUAAAAGCAGCGCCACCUAUGUGUCACAUCGAGUACAUUCCGCUUCCUCUCUUGACAGCACUUCCGUAUAGUGACGGCUCCAGCGCUCCCUGCCCUACAUUUUCCUGUGCCAUCGCCCGCUGUGUGUAGAUAUGACUGGGAUAUAUUAUGGACUAAGGUCGUAAACCUGCUGGUGCUCUCCCCGCCUGACACUACAACCCCCGUACAGCAGGGCGGAGGCCUGACUGCAGCCUCUCUGUAAAGUGUCCUUCAGACGUUUGGCCGUUGCUUCUCUGCGCCCGUCUUCUAAACUCCGAUGCAAGUAAUAAGAAUGUCUAUGGCUCGCCGCGUCCUUGUGUUCGUAUUGCGGACACUGUCCCGCUUGCUGCUAGCCGUCAUCCGCUUGGUAUCCUUCUUCUCCCCGAAGCCUCCAUGCUUGUCUCCUCCGCAGGACCCCUUACUGCUCAUCCCCGCCUCUGUCCUGGCAGAGAAGAUACGGCGCGGAAAGGUCAAGUGUAGUGAUGUUGUGCAGUCUUUUAUAGCCCGGAUCCAAGAAGUGAAUCCCAUAAUUAAUGCUUUAGUAUAUGAUCGCUUUGAUGAAGCCUUACAUGAAGCCAAGGCAGUUGAUGACUUGGUGUCUUCUGGAACACAGGAUGAGGCAACCCUUAAAGAAAAUUACCCUCUUCUGGGUGUCCCAUUAACUGUUAAAGAAGCAUUUGCUCUGCAAGGCAUGCCACAGAGCUCUGGACUUAUAUCACGACGUUCAAUACACUCGGAACAUGAUGCCGUUGUAGUCUCAAGGUUGAAGAGAGCUGGAGCAAUACCUCUUGGUGUUACAAACUGCAGUGAAUUGUGCAUGUGGUAUGAGUCUAGUAAUAAUGUAUAUGGCCGGUCAAGGAACCCAUAUAAUUCCCAGCACAUCGUAGGGGGUAGUUCUGGAGGUGAAGGCUGUGUCAUUGCUGCAGGAGGAUCGGUAAUGGGGGUAGGCUCAGAUAUUGGAGGCAGCAUAAGGAUGCCAUCAUUUUUUAAUGGAAUAUAUGGACACAAGCCAACUCCAGGUAUCGUGCCCAAUGAUGGGCAGUUUCCCAAUGCUCAUGGUACUGAACGUACUGAACUUUUGUGCACUGGCCCUAUGUGUAGAUAUGCUGUAGAUCUCUCACUUGUCCUAAAAGUGAUGGCUGGACAGAAUGUUGAAAAGCUUUCUCUUAAUAAAGACAUAUCUCUGCACAGUCUGAAGUAUUUCUCAAUGGAGAAUGAUGGGGGCUGCCUGUUUGUAUCUCCAAUGGAUAACGAAUUGGUUGAAGCACAAAGGAAGGUGGUCAAACAUUUAGAAGCUGAACUUGGAGUCAGUGUCCAGCCCAUCAAAAUAUACAAUCUGCGUUACUCUUUUCAGAUAUGGACAGCAGCAAUGUCUUCUGAUUGUAGCGAAGAACAGAGUUUUACAGACUUGAUGGCAGAUGGGGGUACCAUGUGGCCAAGUUUUGAACUUCUAAAAUGGAUAUUUGGUCUAUCGAAGCAUACGCUGCCGGCAAUUGCUCUGGCUCUCACAGAGAAAUUAGCAAGCCUAAAUGCUAAAGGAAAUGCAAUAAUGAUUCAGAAAGCCAAAGACCUUAAAGAAGAAAUAAAUUCACUACUUGGAGAUGAUGGAAUUCUUCUGUAUCCUUCACACUCUAAGAUUGCUCCAAAACACAAUGAACCUCUUGCCAUGCCUUUCAAUUUUGCAUAUACUGGUAUAUUUAAUGUGUUAGGACUUCCAGUUACUCAGUGCCCAUUGGGACUUAGUGAAGCUGGGCUGCCCUUAGGCAUACAAAUAAUUUCUUCUCCUUACAAUGACCAUUUAACUUUGGCACUUGCCCAGCAUUUGGAAAAAUCAUUAGGUGGAUGGACACCACCAGGAAGUAUCUGACACAUCAGAUAAGAUUCAGAAGAUUCUGUUUUUACAGACAAUGGAAUGUUCUCAGUUGUUAAAAAUGUCAAUUUUAUUUUUAAAUGAACACUGUUCUAUAAAAGUUUUUUAAAUACUGGUUUUAGUAAGAAAUCCUAAUAUAUAAAGGAAGAAACUAACAAUAAAAAACAAAAUUAUGUUUCCUGA